AUGACGGGUUUACCCAAUAAUUCACUGAAUGAUACAACAAAAAGAAAAGAACUAGAGAUAAUAAAGGCAUCCCUUUGCUUGUUUGAUUUCAUCUUCAUUACUGCAGUUGGUUUGUUUAUAUUUAAGACGGUGCAGCAGAACUCUGAAAUGAAGAAAAAUGUUCAAUACUUUCUCCUGUGCCAUCAUCUUCUAUGUUGUUCUUUAUUCUCCUGUUUUGGUGUUGCAUACAAUACAAUACGAGCACUUGCUGUGGAAAGUCCCAAAAUUGUACUCUGGAUAAUCUUUGGAGUUCAAGUAGCAAUUGGAGAAGGAGUACUAAUAACUUUGACUUUGAUGACACUUAACAGAUGCUUUGCUGUUUGCUGGCCUUUUAGAUACAUAUCCUUGGUGCAUGCAGUGAAACACAAAGUCAUGAUUUGUGUUUGGAUAAUAACAAUGUUCAAAUCUAUGUGCUUGUUAUUGAUAGAAGGCAUAGACAAGUCUACAGAAGAUAUGUUUGAAGUGGUACCUUCUUGCUCAAUUGUCUUUGGUGGUCCUUUUGCCAGAACAACGGGAAUUAUUUUAAUUUUAUUUCUUGGGGCCAUCAUCAUAGUUAGCUACUGUCUCCUAUGUAGAGAAGGAAAACAUGCUGGUCAUUUCAAUAGCUCAAAUAACAAGGCCAGAAAAACUAUAAUUAUUCAUGGAUUGCAUUUGAGUUUGCUUCUAUUUCCACCUUUGAUAAUAAUCGCUGUUAAAAGAUCCAAUUUUAUUUUAAAUAUAACAGCUUUUGUUGUUUUCUUACUUGCCCAGUGCUUUAGCCCUGUGGUUUAUGGUCUGCGAAACAAAGAACUGCAAACCAAGCUAUUCAACAGGCAAAGAAUUAGUUUAUGUACUGGCCACAUGAUAAAUGGUAGAGACGUACAGCAGCCUCAGUUGAAUGACUCUGAGUUAAUUGAUACUAGAUGCGUCACUCCUGAUCCUUAG